AUAAUAUAUGAAGCGUAACUGGCCUCUGGCUCCAGAGAUCUGUUGCCGGACAAGGCGGUAUUUCUUCGGCUGCCCUAACACCAACAUCCUGGAAGACUUUACUCAUGUGAAAUGGUGAGAUAGAGCUGAAGGACCCGCGACACAAACUGCACUACGCGGGAGAAACUCAAGCUGGUGCCCGGCUUUUUACAGAGAAUCCCCCACACAAAAGACUUGACCCAUUUCUCUUUAAAGAACACUCAACCGAACUUUGUGAUUUCAACUGAGCAAAAUAGCCUUCAACAUUACAAACUUCUGAGCAAAACCCACCGGGAGACCCCGAGGACUUCCCUCCAUCGCCUUCAACUUUAACAAAAGACAAAGAAUACGAAGAAUAUCUCCCACUCAUCGCAGCCAUGGACUCAGGAAAGCGAGUAACGUUCCCACUGCUGAUGGCUGUUGGAACAGCUGUGCUGGGAUCACUGCAAUUUGGCUACAACACCGGUGUCAUCAACGCCCCUCAGAAGAUCAUUGAGAAGUUUAUCAAUGAGACGUGGUCUGAACGCUACCAGGAGCCCAUCACCAAGGGCUCCCUCACGGCUAUCUGGUCCAUCUCCGUCGCCAUCUUCUCUGUUGGUGGCAUCGUUGGCUCAUUCUCUGUCGGACUCUUUGUCAACCGAUUUGGAAGGAGGAACUCUAUGCUCAUGGCCAACAGUCUGGCCUUCAUCUCGGCCAUUCUGAUGGGCUUUUCGAAGAUGGCGAGCUCCUGGGAAAUGCUGAUCGCUGGUCGUUUUGUGGUGGGCCUGUACUCCGGCCUCACCACAGGCUUCGUGCCCAUGUAUGUGGGUGAGGUUUCCCCCACAGCGCUACGAGGAGCCAUGGGCACCUUACACCAGCUGGGAAUUGUCCUCGGCAUCCUCAUUGCACAGGUGUUUGGACUGGAGUCCAUAUUGGGCAACGACGACCUGUGGCCCCUGCUCCUGGGCUUCAUCGUCGUCCCCGCUGUGCUGCAGUGCAUCCUGCUGCCUCUCUGCCCCAAGAGCCCCCGUUUCCUGCUCAUCAACAACAACGAAGAGAACAAGGCCAAACAUGUAUUGAAGAAGCUCAGAGGCACCUCGGAUGUGAGCUCUGACAUGCAGGAGAUGAAGGAGGAGAGCCGGCAGAUGAUGAGGGAGAAGAAGGUGACCAUCCCGGAGCUUUUCCGCUCACACCUCUACCGCCAGCCCCUCCUGGUUGCUGUCAUCCUGCAGCUGUCCCAGCAGCUGUCUGGCAUCAACGCUAUAUUCUACUACUCCACUCGUAUCUUUGAGAAAGCCGGAGUUGAGCAGCCUGUCUACGCCACGAUUGGAGCCGGAGUCGUUAACACAGCUUUCACUGUAGUGUCGCUGUUUGUUGUAGAGCGUGCAGGACGUCGCUCUCUGCACCUGCUGGGGCUGAUUGGAAUGGCCGGAUCUGCCGUCUUAAUGACCAUUGCCUUGGCUCUGUUGGAGCAGCUCAAAUGGAUGUCAUAUCUGAGCAUCGUGGCCAUUUUCUCCUUUGUGGCAUUCUUUGAGAUCGGACCAGGCCCGAUCCCUUGGUUCAUCGUGGCAGAGUUGUUCUCGCAGGGCCCCCGGCCGGCAGCCAUGGCUGUAGCUGGUUUCUCCAACUGGACUGCUAACUUCAUAGUGGGAAUGACCUUCCAGUAUGUAGAGGAACUGUGCGGCCCCUACGUGUUUGUCAUCUUCACGGUGCUCCUUCUCUGCUUCUUCGUCUUCACCUACUUCAAAGUGCCGGAGACCAAGGGCCGGACAUUUGACGAGAUCUCAGCCGGCUUCCGUCAGACGUCCGCCUUGGGGGCAGAGAAGCACUCGCCGGAGGAGCUCAACAGCCUGGGAGCAGAUUCUCAGCUCUGAGGGACUGCUUUUAACUUCUAAAAAUAGAAAAACUCUUUCUCAGACCAAGGAGGGACGAGAAGGCUCCACUAACUAGAAGUAGACAUAUCCAUUGGUAGAAUAAUUUUCACGCUGUCACCACAUUUCGGGCGUCAAACACCACCUAGCACAGCACAGCCCUGUGAGAUUCUAAAAAAUGAUGUCCUCCGCCGCCCCUCACACAAGAAGAAACAACAACUUGAUGGGCACUGUGUCGCCUGAUGCGGGGAGAGGAGUUGAGGAUAGAUUGGUUUUAAUAUUUUAAAAGAAGGAAAAGGAGUGUCUGCAUCAAUCAACCCUUUUUUAAUCUUUUUUUUCACUGAAUUUAUACCUGAUGUGUGCUUAUGCUCUGUUCUUUGUAGCUUGUUACCAUACAGUCAGUUUGUCUUUAUGCGGUUUUAAAAAUGCUGCGGCUGUAGAGACCAGUUCACUGUGCAAAAUACUUGUUUCUAUCAAUCCUACUGUAAUGCUUGAUCACUGUAGACUCUAGCACUGUUGACGCUGCACUGCUCGACUUUGUCUCUCCCCACCAGAGGGGGCACUGUCUCAAUGCUCCGCUGAUGAGGAAUAAGUUAUUUGUACCUCUUUAAGUUACUGAGUGAGUACACAAACGUGUGAAAGACAUGUGACAUGUGAUAUGUCAUUGUAUUGCUGUGAGGAGUUAGUCUUCUGUAUGAAAUGUAUUCGACUAAUGGUAACACUCCACAUAUUUUACCUUUUUGUUACUUAUGUAGACAACAUUUUACUUUAAAUAAGGUCAUGAAGACAUAACUAAUAUAUAUUAAAAAAAAAAAUCUUGUACCAUUCAUGUAUUUUUACACCAUUCCUUUUAAAGAGAACAUUUGUUUAAAUUAAUAUUGACAUACAAAAAAAGGAACAUUAUCAAUAUCUACACAGAUCAGUACUGGAGUACUACACAAUACAUUUUCCAUCCAUCUUAUCUUGAGAUAGUUACACACUCACAAUCAGCAGACACAAAGCCAAAAGUCAGUUGUAAAAAUGCCGAACAUGUGUGAGAUAAAGUGCCCUUUUUGAAUAAUCGCGCCUCCUUUGCCUUCAACCUUUCAGCCUUAUCACUUUGGAGCAGUGUCAUGUCAGGUCGGCCCGAUCCAGACUGAGAGCCCCUGUCAUCGGACGAUCAUCACUUGAUGUAUUUUUGAGUUGAGAUAACCUGGAGAGCUUCCGAAGUCUGGUGAAUUGGCUUGAGAGCUGCCUUAAUCUUUUCACGCAAACACAAAUGGCGACCAAAAAUAAAUGUGGUCCAUCUGUAAGGUUUUCCGUUAUCCAGAGAGUGCUCGUCACCUUUUGGGUCAAACCCCCCGUGUGCUCCAUAAAGCCCAUUAUGUGUCAUAGGAGGCGGACACCUUGUUGUGUCGUUGCUAAGGCUUGUCACUGUUAUUCUGCAGAGCUGUCAGCUCUUUCUCUCUUCGGGGUGUUUACUGCACUGUACAACAGUAGCUGAUGGAAAAUAAACUCUGUAGUUUGGCUCAUUGUGCCGAGGUGUUCAAGUCACUGUCUACGACUGCUGUAUCAAUUGUUGAACCUCUUUUCUUUCCAUGCCUUGUUUGAGGAAAGUCACCCUUUUAGCAGCACUUUAUUAUUCACAGUGAUAUUUCUUUGUUGAAGCAAACACUUUAUAGUUAUUUCAAUUUUUUAUUUUUAACUCACUGUGUGGGAUCUUUGUUACUGAAGAGACUGAAGUACUGCUGAUGUAUUGCCUGUUGUUUUUGGAAAUGUGUGAAAAAGUAUCAAAUUAUUAACAAUCUUGUAUUAAGCACAUCCAGGUGUGUAAACACUUUGAUCCAAAUCCAACCCAAUAGUCCAACAUAUACAUUUUAAUCAUUCCAUUAUUGGUUGUUAAUUAUUGUGUAUAUUAUAUCUUUAUAGUAUAUAUUUUGUCAUUCGAUGGGUCACCCCACACACCUUGGUAGAACACUAACAUCCACUCUCUUUGCCUUUGUGUGGCUUUAACAUAUCAUCACCAGCAAAAAUCAUGUACUGGCAGUACAGGAUGAACCUCCCCACAGAAUGUUCUGCUACAAAUAUUGAAACUGUAUUUUAUGUAAAUAGAUUCACAAUUCUGCUGGGGCAUUUGAUUUUUGAUUUAGCCUUUGAAAUCUUCUGUUUGGUGGUCUAAGCACACAACUUGAUGUGAAUAUGAAACACACUACAGCAUCACCCACUCCAAAUUCAUACACAUAACUUUUAGAACGUUUUUGAUAGAUUUAUUAAUUAUUAGUAUUAUAGGUCUCUACAAGCAGUUAGCUUCCAUACUUCUGUUUGAUUUUACACCUAAAAACAUGUUGUGGUCUAAAAAUACCGUAAUCAUUUUAAUUUAGAUUUGAGAUUAGUAAGGAUUGUGUUAAUGAGACACAUUCAGUAGUGUUUUCAAUUUAGCGCAGAGAGCAUAUUCUAAUGUUUGUAAUAAUAAAAAAAUAAUCUGUGUCUAUGGUUUUUAAGAACGUGAGCUUCUGUUGGAAUAAUGUAUUGUGAAGGAAGAUGUCCCGUAUGGUUUUACAGUCAUGUGAAAGUGGUGAUGCUAAAUAAAAGAAACCAUGAAUACAGUU